UUGUGAAACCAGAUUUACACACACCCGUGGAGGCUUUCCCUAUCACAAAGUUGUACUACCAAAUUCAGCGACACUUUGUUGCUCUAAAGAAAGUUAAAAAUAUGAAUUGGAAACUGGUUGUAGUAAACAGAGACAACCAACCAACAACGUUUGUUUAGGUAGAAGAUAAGCUAAGAAGCCAUGUCCGGUCGUUGCUCUUUCUUCUCUCCUUCUUCCUCUGACAUUACUUCCCUUUCUCAUUCUAUCACCCCAUCACUCUCACUCUCACUUCCAACAAGAACAACCCUCCUAAGGAGGAGGAAAACUGGGUCUUUUUUCAAGCCUCUUGUUUGUGCUGCUGCCAUUAACAAUCCAUUGCAAUAUAGAAAGCUUGGUGAUUCUGACCUCAAUAUCAGUGAAAUCACUCUCGGUACUAUGACCUUUGGGGAGCAAAAUACAGAGAAAGAAUCUCAUGAUAUACUUAAUUAUGCAUUUGAUAAUGGCAUUAAUGCUCUUGAUACUGCUGAGGCUUACCCAAUUCCAAUGAAAAAAGAAACACAAGGAAAAACUGAUCUCUAUAUUGCUAGCUGGCUGAAAUCUCAAUCCCGUGACAAGAUUAUUUUAGCAACAAAAGUAUGCGGUUAUUCUGAGAGAGCGAGUUACUUACGCGACAACGCAGACAUUUUGCGGGUUGAUACUGCAAAUAUCAAAGAAAGUGUGGAGAAAAGCCUUAAACGUCUUGGGACUGAUUAUAUUGAUCUGUUGCAAAUUCACUGGCCAGAUCGAUAUGUUCCAUUGUUUGGUGAAUAUUGCUAUGAUUCUUCAAAGUGGAGGCCUAGUGUACCGUUUGUUGAACAAUUGCAAGCUUUUCAAGAACUUAUCAAUGAAGGAAAGGUACGUUACAUAGGUGUUUCGAAUGAGACUUCAUACGGAGUGAUGGAGUUUGUCCAUGCAGCUAAAGUUGAGGGACUUCCGAAGAUUGUUAGUAUCCAAAACAGCUAUAGCUUGGUUGUAAGAAGUCGUUUCGAAGUUGAUCUUGUCGAAGUUUGUCAUCCAAAGAAUUGCAACAUUGGCUUGCUAUCGUAUUCUCCACUUGGUGGUGGAUCACUCACUGGAAAAUAUAUAGAUAUAAAUUCUGCAGCUGCGAAAAGGGGAAGAUUGAACCUCUUCCCUGGCUACAUGGAAAGAUAUAACAAAUCAAUUGCAAGGGAAGCAACUAUUAAGUAUCUUGAGUUGGCCGAGAAACAUGGUCUGACUCCUGUUCAGCUCGCGCUUGGAUUUGCGAGAGACCGUCCAUUCAUGACGAGUUCAAUUAUCGGUGCAACUUCUGUGGAACAACUAAAAGAAGACAUUGAUGCUUUUACAACAACCGAAAGGCCUUUACCAGCAGAAGUCUUUGCAGAUAUUGAAGCUAUCUUCAAGAGAUACAAAGAUCCUACCAUUCUUUGAAGACUAUACCUUUUAUUUUUUUGAAUUAUUAAAUCAUUUCAACUGGUUUAUCAUGUUCUCUAUUUCUCUUUCUCUAUUGGUUGUCAGGAUUAAAAUUAGAGGAUGAUUACAUAUUAAACCAAUACAUCAUACAUGAAUAAUACUAGGGUGUAUAAAACUGAUUACAUUACUGAUUAAAAAUAGUGCAGAAACUAUUGCACCUUGUCUUUUCUA